UUAACUUUUUAAUCGGGAGAGCAGAAGGAAUCAGACAUGAUACGUGUACGCGCUGUAAGUACGUGUACUGCAGAAACGUACACGUACGUGAACAAAUUGAACCUGUAAUUAAAAGUGCAGUGCGGAAAUCCACAAUAAAUGUUCGGAAAGCAUAGCAAAUUAGGAACAAUGCAACAUUAAGGAUGCACAUUUUCCUAGCUUUAGCCUACAAGUAGUCAUCACAAGUGUCUGGUAGCUCUAACACCGUCGUAGGGCGAAGGAAAUCGGUACGACAUUCUGGAUUUGAAGCGAAUAACUUUAGCGAGCCCCAACGUGGUUUUACCGGCGGGACGUAGCAGCAUGAUGGCCCGUCGAGGUAGCAUGAUACCCACAUUCCUGGUCAUACUUGGCCUGUUGUUUAUGGGUUACGUGGGUAUGUCGUAUUGGCAGGUCCGUAAGGCCUUGGAAGAGACCAAAAUUAAGGCAAAACAACACCAACAACAGCAAGAAUCUCUGACGGCGCAGCUCCAAGUUGUGUAUGAGCACAGAUCAAGACUGGAGAAAAUUUUACAGAAUGAAAAGAGUGACCAUAAACAAACAAGAGAAGAAUUUGAAGAUAAAUUAGAAAAACAGAAGAAAGAGUCACAAAACCGAUAUAAUGCAAUCAAUAUUCAACACAAGAUGCUGCAGACGCAGCAUGAAGAUUUGAAACAGGAGUUGGAAGAUGUAAAACAGCAGCAUAGUGAUGCGGUGGUGCAACAUGAGAGAGAGAAAUACGAACAUGAAGAGAACUUGACACGAUUACAACGAGAACAAGAAGAGGAAGUUCAUAACCUCAGAAUUCAACUUGCCUCGGCUCAGGAGGAACUGAACAGAAUACGGAACCAACAUGAACAGAUGUCUGGAGUUCUUCAGCAACGUGAGCAAGACGUUCUUAAUGCCAACGCUGAGAGACAACGAUUGGAAGAUCACAUCUUAAAAUUGAAGGGAGACAUUGGACAGUACCAGACUGAAAAUGAACAACUUCAUUAUGAACAUAAAAACCUACAACAAAAAGCUAAGGAAUAUAAACAACAUAUAGACCAGUUGAGUCAGUUAAAUAGACGCAAGGCAGGCAAUCAGCAGCAAGAGCAGUUUAACGCAAAUGACCAACAGGAACAACUACCACAGCAACCUGUUGACCAACAGCAGGUGAACCAACAGCAGCAGCUGUACCAGCAACAACAGCAGGUAAAUCCGCAGCAGCAGGAGAACCAGCAGCAACAGGUGAAUCCACAACAGCAGGGUAACCAGCAGCAACAGGUGAAUCCACAACAGCAGGGUAACCAGCAGCAACAGGUUCAGCUUGAUCCAUCACAACACAGACUUUACAUCAAGUCACAACCAGAACUUGGAGCAUACGACAAAAUCAGACAGCAGGAAUUAUUAAAACAACAGUAUGCAAUAAGACGGCAGCAGUAUUUACAAAGGCAGCGGCAACAGCAGCAACAAUAUAACAAUCAACAGCAGCAGCAAUACGCUGGCCAACAGCAGCAGUAUCCAAACAUGGGAAAUCAACAGCAGCAAUUUGGAAACCAGCAGCAACAACAACAAGUGUAUCAGCCACAGCAACAGCAACAAUAUCAGCAUCAGCUAGCUGAUCAGCAACAGCAGCAGGCCGCAGACCAACAACAGCAGGCUGCUGACCAACAACAGCAGGUUCAAGACCAACAGCAGCAACAGCAGGUUAACGAGAAAGCUGACAGAGGCAAAGACAACUUGAAGGAGCUACUCAAAAAGAGGGAACAAGAGAAGCGUUAUUACCAACAGCAGCAAGAGCUGCUCCGAAAAUAUCAGCUCAAACGCCAACAAAACCGAGCCAAUCGGCAAGCGGCAGCCAAGAAUGGUAACACCAAGCGGCAGCAACUGGCUCGGAGGAUUGAGCCUAAUGAUGAGGAUGACCUGAAAGAGGCUGAAGAAGACAGGGUCCGUCGAGAGCAAGAAGAGCGACGGAGGGAGGAGGCUGAACAACAGCAGAGAGAAGCUUUACAGAAUCAGGAGCGAGUCAUGAAGGAGCAAGAGAUAAGAGACGAGCAGGAUGCGGAGAGGCGUAGACAGGAGGAAGCGCAACAGGAGCAACCUGACGGUGGUGGGGAGAACCAUCCUGAUGAGACAAAUGAAGGACAGCCUGGAGAUCCAGCCAAGGACAAUGCCCAGCAACAAGGAAAUAUAUGGGAACAAAACAGGCAGAAACUAUUCAACAAGCAAGAUGACAUGCGGAGGCAAGGAAUGGGAUUUCAACAGAAGCGAGCUGAAGAUCAGCUAGCAGAAGAAGAACGACAGAAGGCAGAGCAAGACGCACAGCAGCAGGUGGCUCUACAGCCUCAACAAGGCGAGGAUGAAGCCAGGAAUGAGGGAGAGGAAGAUUAUGCUGCCAAGAUGCAGAAACAGAGAGAAGAAGAAAUGAAGAGAGAACAUCGCAAACGGCUAAGAUUAGGCAAAGGUAACAUGUUUGAGAGAGUUGGUGGUGCAGGCCAGAAGCCUAACCAAUGGGAUGAGGAGCAACAAGAAAUCGAUAUCAACAAUGAAGAUGGGGAGGAUACUGAAGAUAAACAAUAUAACGAAGAUGACAGAGAUGAAAGCAACGUUCAGAAAAAACCUGAGACUGGUAACCAAGUCCAAGCGCCUGGUGUUCACAUCGGUGAUGUAGACAACCCAGAUGUUGACGAGCAAGUGCAGUUACCUGACCCUCAAGCUUUAGUUCCAGCCCAUCAAGAGGAUAAUGUGUUUAACCAGUGGAAGGCACCAGAGAGAUAUUUUUCACUCGAUGAUGACCAAGAUUUAGAAAGUGAAGAAACUGAGAGGAGAGCUGGAAAGCAUAUAAAUGAUGACAAUGCUGAAAGGGAACGGGAAAUUUGAUGAGAUGAGUGUUGACAGAAGGAUCAUGACAAAAUGCAAGGAAGAUUGCACGUCAGGAUGCUCCUGUUUGCCUUGGGAAUAAUUGGUUGGCUUAUUACCUCUUAAUUAAAUUCUCAGCUUAGUACUUAAUAGUCCGUUGCUAUGACAAGCAUUUUGGGAGGAAUCUCAUCAUCCAAGGCAUCUUUUGCAAGAACCUUCCUUAAUCCUCAAAAGUCCAACACUGCACAUGAACUCUGUGGCUUUACUCGUUGCAGUGGGACUCUGAAGAAAUGUCAGAACCCACACAGGUGGAUUGGUAGUGCCUCCCUCAAUCUGGUAAGAUCCUCUAAAAUGUGCUGCUACACUUUUGAGGAUGUCGUUGGAUGAGAGGGACAUUUAAGGUGACCUGAUUUUGUAAGUUUAGUGAUGUUAUGCUGUCUACUAACUAUUUAUUCAAACUGAAAAAUAUUCACUCAAAACUGCCAAUGUGUUAUCUGUUACCUGCUUGUAUUAUGUUGAUCUCCAAAUGUAACAGUAAGUGUUUAAGGCUGUGUCCGAAAUUGCUUUCGGGGCUACAGCUAUGGCUGUUGUCACCGUUUCCCUGCAUCUUUUCAAUGGGUUCAGACCUAGACAUAGCACUAGAGAAAAGCCUUAUUCAUCAGGAAAAUGUUGGGCACCAUGAUUGAAAAUUGGUUUGAUUUUGCCUUGUCAGUUUUCAAAUUUAUUUGUAUAAAAAUGAAAUGAUCUCAAUUCGUUUCAAUCACAUCACAUCUUGUAAAGAAUUCGUUUCAAAAGGAAGAAAUCAGUGUUGUAUUUGAGUCAGUCAUAAGUCCCUGCCAGUCCUGUAUUAAAGACCAAUCACAAGUCAUUCAGUCUUAAGCCAAUUCACAAGCUAUUCAAAUGAGCUGUGACAAAAGCAUUUUUCUAUCAUUGUUCACAUUGUUACUUACGACUGCCUUUGUGACUGAACGUGUGACUGGACUUGUGAAGGACUCAACUACAACACUGAAAAUUAUGAUAUGAACCAGAAGGUUCUUAACCAUUGUUAGUAAUUUGAUAGGAAUAGGUACCUUCAUGAGUGUGUAAACACAGAGUGUAAUACCUUAAGAAGUUGUAGAUAUUUUAUUUCAUUCCAGUUUGUCCAUGGAAUUUAUAUUCUUUAUAAUGUUCAGUUCUAAACCUAAGCAUUUUAAUGUUUGUCAGAGAUUUUCAAAUGACAGCUUUUGUGUCAAGGAUAAUUUUAGAUACUUGCAUGUUUGAUUGGAAUAUCUGUGAGUGCUUUGUGCAUUUCUACAGCUUGUAUGUAAGUAAUGCUGAUUUUCUUCAGCCAAAUGAAAAUUGACUGAAUGUAAUCUAUAAGAUGACUACGUAGACAUGUUCAUGUAGUAUAUUUACUCCUGUACAGUCAAACUUCGUUAAUAAGUGGACUCUCAAUACAGCAUUCAGUUUAUAACAAGGGAAUUUUUAGAUCCCAAUCCUUUGUUAUUCUCUGUAUUCACUUCUAAUAAUACAAGGGACCUGUUUCAACAAAGUCAUCCGCAAAGUCCAAAGGAUUGAUCUUCUUAUUAAAGAGGUUGGACUGUACUAACUCAUCUGUCUGUCAUUGUGUGUAGUAUGCAUGCCUGUUGAUUGCCUCUCCUCAGCAGAUUUCUAACCUUGAGUAACUGCUAUGCAAAUCUUUAUCCAUGAGCAUUUUGCUAAAAUGAUGUCUGAAUCUGCUGUAAUCUGCUUCUAUAAUGUUAACUAUUGACACAUUCUUUUCACCUUAAAAUGAGGACACCAACAAGCUCUCAAAGCUAUGUACACAUGUAACACUCAUGACUGGUACCCAGCUAUUCUUUGCUUAUUGCAUAAAUUUGCAUACCAGCAUUGUCUGUCCAGAAGCACAGUGACAUUGGUAUUAUUCACAAGUCGACCGUAUUGAAUUGAAAGCAAGAUAAUUUUUUUAGUUUAGAAACUUAAAAAUAAAAGCUGUGAUAUCAAAAGUCAUUGCAAAUUACUGUCAUGUCAUUUACACUGGUGAAUAGUUUAAAAUUUGUGAUCUAGCAUUGUAUCGAAAUGUUUUGAACCAGAUCUUUAAAAUAUGAAAGUGAGGCUUGGAACCCAAAAUAGUCUGGCACCACCCCAUUCAACAGAUUACAGUGAAUACGAUAUAUUCAGGACACAUGACCCAAAAUGGCUUCUUUGUUAUAAAAUCUGUCGUUUCCGGGUGUUGCUCUGUAGCAGAUUGAGAGACUGUGGACCAGUUAUCAUCAGAACAACCUUUCUUGUUUAGGCAUACUCAUAGAACUCUUAGGCACUAGGCUUAUUACUAAGUUAGUGAAACUGAAAAUAUAUUUUUCUAUCCAAAGUUUUCCCUCACUUGUUACUUAGAUUACUUUUUUACUUUACUUUUUUAGUUGUCACUGUACACUAUAUUUGUAAUUUUUUGCUUAGAUUUGUUAACAUAAAACUUGAUUUUUUUCCCCGCAACCUGUAAAACACCCAUUGAUGUAUGUUUUGGUCUUUAAGUUUUACUUGUGUUGUGUAGAAACAUGAAUGGUGACUACUUUCAUUGAGAAAGUAAAGAAGAUUGUAAUAAAUUAUUCAAAGUGUUUAGAAUGCAUUUAGUGUAUUAAUUGUACAUCUUAAUCAGAGUACAUGUAGAAUGUUUUUUGGUUUACCUCUGUAAAACCGGGAUUUGACAAAACCUACAACAGUUUAAUUAUCUAGAUAGGACUGUUGAAGUCUUUCGCUUUGCGGUUGUCAUAGUGUUAACCUGGGCAUUUCACAUCAGUUUAAUAAGUAUUUUAUGUAUGUGCUUUACUCGGUAUGAUUAUGUGAUUUCAGAAUUCUGCUGCAUUAUACCUUACACCUCUUUAACUUGUUUGCUGUAAGCUGCAAGUUAAAGAAGUCAGGUUCACAGUGUUGGUGGAAUAGAGAACCAAAGUUUCCUUGUUUUAGUCUGGGAGUGAGUUCGGAGUUUAUAAAACUAAACACAAACUGCCUUCUAUACAGAAAAUCUUUGUUUUGUAGAAAAUAUCAUAUAUUAGGAGAAAUAUAUUCCUUGAUACCAGAGACCAAGUGUUGAUUUGAUAAAUAAACCGGUAAUUUUGAAUCACUUGAUUUACGCGCAAAAAGUGUAGCUGCAAACCAAUCAUAAUGUUCAAAUAGAUGAUUGACCAUUUCGCUGUAUAACAACAUGACUACUUAGGUGCAUAAAUUAUUUUGUUGGUAUACCUCUGGAACGGAUUCAUGUCAGUUGCCCCUUUCACAACUAGCAAAUCCUUUGUAGGUCUUUUGUGUUCACUUCUUUUUUAAUCAACACAACUCGCUUGUAAAUGACUAUUAUCCAAUGUACAUUUUUCCGUGCUGUAUAGCCUUGAUUUUCAGACUUGUCUUACUGAAUUUGAAUAAAAACUCAUUUUUGUUCUUGAGGGAA